CACGCGGUCACGACAGCCCACGUGCACAGCCACCCGUCGGGCCCGAGCACGUUCCAGAGAGAGAGAAAGAGCGUGAGCGCAACGGACGGCUGCGAGGGGGAGAGGGAGGGGCCGCCUGUGCCGCCCCGUUCUGCGUGGAACGCACGUAAUUUAAAGCCGGGUCAAGUCGGCAAAGCAAGCGAAAGACGAGCAAAAGCGAGGCAGGUAAUCAAGGGGCGGGGCUGCGGUGUGCUUCGCGGCGGGGAGGGGAGAGGGAGAGAAAAGGGGCGGGGCGGCUGUGUCGGAAGAGCGGAAGUAACCGGGUGGCUUGUGUGUUGGGACGGGGGGGGGUGGGAAAUGAAAGGAACGACACAUUCAGGAGGGGAGGGGGAAAUGGAACGAAAGCCAGGCGCGCCCCUGGUCAGCGCGUGCGCUCUCGCUGUCUGAGGCGGAGCCCGGAUGGCACUCGCUCUCGCGUGCGCUGCCGCCUGCUUCACCUCAUUGGCCAAGGGGGGAACGAGGGAGCGCGUGGUUGCUGUGACGUUGAGGCGUCAGUUGGGGAGGGGGGAGUAUAAAAGGUUGUGGGGAGGAAGGGAAGGUUGAUUUCGAAGGGCCUGACAAGACCUGUGUCUUUAUGGAGUCUGGUGAUGGAGGGGGGGGAAUUUACCCCCCCCAACCACACAGACACACCUUUUGUUGUUCUUGAUUUAUUUUUUCCAUAGAGUGUACACCUUACACCAGGCUUCCUCAACCUCAGCCCUCCAGAUGUUUUGAGACUACAAUCCACAUCAUCACUCUGACCACUGGUCCUGCUAGCUAGGGAUCAUGGGAGUUGUAGGCCAAAAACAUCUGGAGGGCUGAGGUUGAGGAAGCCUGCCUUACUGCCUCCCAUUCCCACUAGCUACAUGCUUCAGCUGCUCAUUGAUAGAACUGCUGUUAAAAUCAAAUUUGAUUUUUGUUCCAUCUUAUUUUUAGUGUUAACACCUGUGAUGCUCCAGAUGUCUUAUCUAUUAUUUAUAAAAACAUAUAUAUUUAUAAAAGCAUGUAUAUAUACACACAGAGAGAGUUUACAACAAUGGAACAUAAAACUACAGUAAAAGCAAUAUAGAAAGUUAAAAUCAGACACCCAUUAUUUUAUCUAUGUCAUAAAAUUUAUAUACUGCUUGAUUGCAGAAAAACCUCAAAGCGUUUUACAAAAAGGAUAAAAUAAAAUUACUACUAAAUAUUUAGAGCUGUCAUUUAAAACAUAGAUAAGGUUUGAACUACAAUGUAAUAGACAUGAUUUAAAACUUCUACAGUUCUACACAAUCUAAAUGAGAAUGUAUUCAGCAGCCACAGAAAAGGAUGGGUGAAAGAGCCUGUUUUAUAUCAAUUGGCAGGGAGUUCCAAAGUGUCGGUGUUGCCACACUAGACAAUCAUGUUCUUACAGAAGCGGUGUGGGUAUUAUGUAAAAGUGUCAGUUCCGCCAGUUGAAGUGGUCAGGUGGGCACAAGUUAAAACAGAAGGCAACUGCUGAAUCUCUAUUUGCAGAGUCUUCCACAAUACUGAACCAAUGACACUGACGGCUCUAUUUCUUGUUGACGGCAUUUCUAGGCAGAGCUGGGAGCAUCCCCUGCCUGAAACCCUGGAAGGCUACUGCCAGUCAGUGUGGACAGUAUUGAGCUAGAUGGCCCAAUGGUCUGACUCAGUACAGUGGUACCCCGCAAGACGAACGCCUCGCAAGACGGAAAACCCGCUAGACGAAAGGGUUUUCCGUUUUGGAGGCGCUUCGCAAAACGAAUUUCCCUAUGGGCUUGCUUCGCAAGACGACAGCCCAUAGGGAAAUCUCAGGGACAGCGGGAAGCGCAGCGCGUGUUCCCCAGGGUCCUCGGACCUCCUCCGAUGCGUGGGGGGGGGGCGGGUACACCUCCCCCGGCCGCCGCGGGGCUUCGGAAGGCUCCUCCUAAGCCGGGCGGGGGAGGGAACACCUGCCGCCGCCGCCCGGCUCGGGACGGUGCUCCGAGCCGGGCGGGGGGAGGGAACACCUGCCGCCGCCGCCCGGCUCGGAACGGUGCUCCGAGCCGGGCGGGGGAGGGAAGACCUCCCGCCUCUGCCCGGCUCGGAACGGUGCUCCGAGCCGGGCGGUGGGGAGGGAAGACCUCCCCGCCGCCCGGCUCGGGACGGUGCUCCGAGCCGGGCGGGGGAGGGAACACCUGCCGCCGCCGCCCGGCUCGGAACGGUGCUCCGAGCCGGGCGGGGGAGGGAACACCUGCCGCCGCCGCCCGGCUCGGAACGGUGCUCCGAGCCGGGCGGGGGAGGAAGACCUCCCCGCCGCCCGGCUCGGAACGGUGCUCCGGCCGGGCGGGGGGAGGGAACACCUGCCGCCGCCGCCCGGCUCGGAACGGUGCUCCGAGCCGGGCGGGGGGAGGAAGACCUCCCCGCCGCCCGGCUCGGAACGGUGCUCCGGCCGGGCGGUGGGGAGGGAAGACCUCCCUCGCCGCCCGGCUCGGAACGGUGCUCCGAGCCGGGCGGGGGAGGGAACACCUCCGCCGCCGCCCGGCUCGGAACGGUGCUCCGAGCCGGGCGGGGGAGGGAAGACCUUCUGAAGGCGGGCGGGGGCGAAAGUCUUUGCUCCCCCUGCCUGCCUGUCCCGGAGGGCUUUUGAAGGCGGGGAGCAAGACUUUCGCCCCCGCCCGCCUUCAGAAGAGGUCCAGGACCUCUUCUGAAGGCUGGCGGGGGCAAAGUCUUGUCCCCCUGCCUGCCUUCCCAGGGGCUUUAAAUUGCCCCGGACAGCGGAGAAGUCCUCCGCUGUCCCGGGUGAUUUUACAAUGCCGCCCGCCAGCAUUUUAAGAUCGCCCGGACAGCGGAGAAGUCCUCCGCUGUCCCGGGGUUUUUUAAAAUGCUGGGGGUGGGAAGAAAAGCCCUUGCCCCCCCCCCCAGCCUUCAGAAGAGGUCCGGGGACAGACUGUCCCCGGACCUGGUCUGAAGGCGGUUUCCCUAGGAACGCAUUAAUUGAUUUUCAAUGCAUUCCUAUGGGAAACCGUGCAUCGCAAGACGAAAAACUCGCAAGACGAAGAGACUUGCGGAACGAAUUAAUUUCGUCUUGCGAGGCACCACUGUAUAAGGCAUCUUCCUAUAUUCCUAUAUUUUUCUUCCAGGGGCCUACAAACGGGCACACAUCUUUAUUUUUCUUUUUACAGGGGUUGAGCGUCACUGGAAAGCUUAAUUCAAUGAGAGAUUGUAGUCUUUAAGUGAAGUUUAGGUGCCCAAGGGAGGAACAUGGAGCGUCUGACAUCGUUCAGCAGUAAGUAGAGUCACUCAAAGGUUGCUGAUAGUGCUUGCAAUGUGAAUCCCCAACUUUCAUAAAUAGGUAGUGCUAGGUGAAAUAUACCACCUGAUCUGGCGAGAUCAUAAGUGAAUGUGGAAUGAUAUGUGGCUAUGCAACUUACUUCUGUUUCUCAUGUUCCGAGAACGUGUUCCUUAUUGUAGCCAAAAUGGCCCCAGCCACAUUCAAGGGAGAGGUAGUAGCAGCCUUGGGAAACCCCAAGGUUUACAGAGGAAACCCAGAAAUCCAUAUAAAAUCCAUUUUCUGGCAUUCCAUCUCAACUAGUGCAGGCAAGGGGAACCUUUGGCCCUCCAGAUGUUAUUAAACUACUACUCCCAUCAUCCCAUGCCACUGGCUGUGAUUGCUGUGGGUGAUGGGAGCUGUAGUUCAGCAGUGUCUGGGCAGCCAAAUGUUUCCUGCACCUGCGUAGAAUGGAGUUGAGCAGAUAUGAACCAGCUUGAGUUUUGAUGGCUGGCGUCACUAGGGACAUGUAGUAGUUUCAGUGUCCACCCAACUAGUGUCUGUUGGCACAAAAACACCCUCGCCUACGCAGAAGGUCCCAGAUUCAAAACACAGCAUCGCCAGAAAGGGCCGGGGAAAUGUUCUGAUCUGAAAUUGAGCUAGAUGGACCAAUGGUCUGAUUCAGAAUAGGGCAGUUUCCUAUCUAUCUUUUUCUUUUUAAUUUUUUUCUCAAUAAAAAAAUCCCAGUUACACACCAUUCAAGCAAAUACAUCUGGUACAAUUACAUAUUUGACUUCCCUCCCUCCCUUUUGUGGUUUCUUUUCUGAUUUAAAUUUUUAACACUGCAUUUUCCACUUUGCUCCGUUUUUAAGUUAUUCUUCCAUUUCUCUGGAUAAUAAUUUUAACUGUUUAACCCUACUAAUGAACUUGCUUGCAUGCUAGGAUUUUUCAAAUAUUCCACAAACUUUCCCCACCGUAUCCUAUUUACCUUCACAUGUAGCUGUAUUGCUGUGUCAGUUUCUCCGCCGACAACAAGUGAAGGAGUUUGCUUUGCAAAAUGGCGCCCAAGCUUUAUUACGUAUUGGUCUUGUUGGCUUUACAGAUGACCCCUUUGACAAGCCUCCAUGCCGAGGGUGCUCCUCUUACCUCGCAGAACCUUACAUAAAGUGUGCAGAGUGCGGCCCACCUCCCUUCUUGCUGUGCUUGCAGGUAAACUUACAUUUACAAGGAGAGAAAUGAAGGAGGGUUGAGUUACCAAGCCUGUUGUGUUCUCCCAGGAUGCUGAAAGCCAAGUAGCCAGAUCACCAGGAAGCAGACUAGGACAUGUCAAUAAGACAAGAGCUCCCAGCUCUUGCUGCUGCUUUUUCUUUUUCUUUUGUAUAGCUGGCAGUGGCUCACAUAGGGGGUCACCAGCGUGGAACCCAAGGCACCAGUGUGCCUGCCAUUAUCUCCUGCGGUGCUCUGAAAGGUCUCCGAAAACAUUUCUUCAGAAAUCAACAUUACCUGAGAAACUGUUUGUGCUUCCUGCUCAGUCCCUGUUCGUACCGGCUCAGCCUCUCUUACGCUGAAGCUAUUAUAGCAUGCCUCCAUAGCAACCAUUUUCUGACUGUCUCCCAUAAUUACAAAUCUGCCCACUAGCCUAAAAUGGCUGCUGACUCCUGGGCUAACAACUCCAAGCUGCGCCAAAGUCUUGUUGGAAGUCACUUGCAAACAACUUGCUAUUCUUUGUUGUAAAGCAGUCUUCUUGCCAACCUGAGACUCUGAAUUAUAAUCAAUGGUGUUAUAUGCCGGAGUCAGCCCCUUUGUCCUGUGUGUUUAACAGUUUGUUUAUUGCACAGCACCAAUAAAAGGAAACUGUUUGGUAGAAAGGUUCCAGGAAAUAACUAUAGGGAUGUUUUAUUUGUGAUCGAGGCAUCCCAGUGUCCUUUUCCUUUACCUCUUUACGGUCAGUAUAAAGUCCCUGUUUCCCAUCUACAGAAAGAAGGAAGAAAAGUAACUUAGUGGCAAACUUCUUUGUUUUGCAGUGCUUCACAAUAGGAUUUGAGUACAAGAAACACCAGAGCGACCACACCUAUGAAAUAGUGGUAAAUGCACCUUUCUGAUUACCUUGCUUUUUCUUCCCGUUGUCAAUCUCUGGGAGAUACAUCUUGAUCAGGCACCCCCAACCUUUGGCCCUCCAGAUCUUUUGGACUACAAUUCCCAUCAUCCCUGACCACUGGUCCUGUUAGCUAGGGAUCAUGGGAGUUGUAGGCCAAAACAUCUGGAGGGCCGCAGGUUGGGGAUGCCUGAUCUUGAUAGAAUGGGGAUUUGAGGUCAGAAGCCAGUGGUAGUUGUGGUGAUGCCAGACUCACGCACACAAGCACAUAGGAUGCACAGCCCCCCCCCCCCCAGCUAAUGCUUGCAGAUCAGCCCUAGGAUAUUGCCUCCUUUCAGCUCUUCUAAUGAUCACUCUGGCAACCAGGGAGGGGGCAAUUUGCAUCCUCAUCAGGGGGCUGGCUUGGCCUUAAAUGACUGCCCACCCCAGCAUUGUGUCUAAUUAAAAGAAGAAAAAGAUGUUUCCAAAAUUAGUGGGGUCUUGGGGAUGGAGAGCAGAAAAAUUUGCUUGGAAGGCCCAAUCUAGUCCUGCCUAGACCAAGUUUUAGCCACUUUGCAUUAGAAGAUUCAUUACAUCGGGGUAGCCAGUGUGGUCCUCUCUUGCUGUCUGUGAAUGACUACUCCCAAUGCCCUUCAGCCAGCAUGCCAAAUGGUCAGGCAUGAUGGGAGUUGUAGUCUAGCAAGGGGGGAGGGCACCCUAGAUAUUACUUUGUAGAACAAUAAUGUUUUUCCUCGUGUACUGAAUUAACCAGAAAACACUUUAGUUAAAUUGUUAUGUCACAACGAACAGUUACAUUUUCUGUUCCAUUGAAAUUCCUAAAACAGGUUUCCCAUUGAACAGUGGUUGUUUUUCUUGGGGGUAGUGGGGUGUGUUUUGUUUGUGUUUUAAUCUGUCAUGCCCAUAUUACUUCUGGAAUUAUAGCCACAGAGAAGUAAACGAAGAGGUCUUGGUUGUGUUCUGUAAUACCACUUUCAGGGGCUAACUGUAAUUAUAGCUUGUGAGAUAUUUACAUUACGUGAUAAUAACUUGAAAUUCCUGUGGCGUGCUGCUGGAGCUUUUAAACUGCCAUUCCAGAAGCAGCAGUCUGAUCUCUUGUUCCCCAGCUACUGGAAUAAUUUGUUUUCGUACAUGUAGACCUAAGGAAAUGUACUACUCAGCAAUGGACAUUUGCAGUCCCACAUACCAGAUUGGAAUGGUGCCUCUGGAGGAAGUCACUGAGUUAUGAACACCAUUUACGAACAUAAGAUAGCCUGCCGGAUCAGGCCAAGCUACAUUUUUGAGCAUCCUUAACAAACUACAGUUCCUGGAAUUCUUUGGGGAAGGCCAUGUGCUUUAAAUGUAUCUUAUGCAUGUGAUCUGUAUUAAUAAGAGAGUAUGUUGUGGUUAUAUUCUGAUGUCAACGCAGAUCAGUCAUCCAGUGAAGCUGAAUGUUGGAAGAUGCAGGACAGAUCAAAGAAAGCAUUUAUUCACACAGCGCAUACCGUAUUGGCCCGAAUAUAAGCCACACUUUUUUCCAAAUUCUGAUUGUGAAAAAUUAAAGUGCGGCUUAUAUUAAUGACCUUAUGCCGCUGGCAAAGUGGUACGGCUCCCCCCACCCACAGGAGCGCAGGGCAACAGCGUGCAGCCCACCCGCCACUCCCAAGCCUCCCCUACACCGGAUGAGCGAAGGGGGGAAGGCCACCGGCAAAGCGGUGCGGCUCCCCCCAGAAAGCAGCACAGGGCAAUGGCGCUCGUCCCGUCCGCGGCUCCCAAGUCUCCCCAAAGUCGCCAAAUUUUAAAGGUGCGGCUUAUGUGCGGUUGUGGCUUAUAUUCAGGCCAAUACGGUAGUUAAACUUCAGAUCUCCCUCUCACAGGAGACAUUGAUGGCCACCAUCAAUGAGACCAUUUUUAUUUGGGCUGAGUUUGGUUGUCACCAGGAGAUGGGGAUUCUUGAGCUGAGUUGACGUCCAGAGCUCAGCCGGUUGCAAGUUGGGGCUUUAGUGUGCCAUUUGUAUAUAUGUGUUCUAACGUGUUGUUCCUCGUCUUGAUUUUUGGUGACGAGGCAAGUUCAAAAUGUCACUAAAGGCUGUGAUGAGUGGGAUUUAAGCUACUGAACACCGUGCUCAGAAUCACAGCCAAAAUUAGUUCCGUUCCUUAUUUCCCCAUAUCGCCAGACAUCCAACUUCCCCGUCCUUGAUCCGACUUGGACAGCUCAAGAAGAAAUGGCCCUCUUAGAAGCUGUGAUGGAUUGUGGCUUUGGAAACUGGUGAGAGUUUUAUGCCUGAUUAAAGAUUGAGAUCCGUCCUGCUUUGGUGGGUAAUGCAAAAAGGAGCAAUCCUCCUCCUGAUCAACGCAUAACCAGAACUAUUCCCCCUCCUCUCUCUCUUAUAGGCAGGAUGUAGCAAAUCAGAUGAACACAAAGACGAAAGAGGAGUGUGAAAAACAUUACAUGAAGCAUUUCAUCAACAACCCCCUCUUUGCAUCCACGCUAUUAAAUCUGAAGCAAGCGGAAGAGAAUCAACACAGUGACACAGCCAUCCCGUUUUAUUGUAAGAGUCCAUGGCAGGGACAAAGGCAGCAUUUCGCAUUCCCAGAUUAGCCAGUGUGGUGCCCUUCAGAGGCUGUUAGGACUAUAACUUCCAUCAGCCCUAGCCAGCACAACCAGUACAGUCGUACCUCGGCUCCCAAACACCUCAAACGUUCCGGCUCCUGAACAAUCGAAAACUGGGAGUGAGUGUUCCAGUUUGCGAACGUUCUUUUGGAAGCCGAACGUCCGACGGGGCUUCCGUGACUUUUGAUUGGCUGCAGGAGCUUCCUGCAUCCAAUCAGAAGCUGCGCUUUGGAAAGCGAACAUUUCAGAAGUCAAACAGACUUCUAGAACGGAUUUUGUUCGACUUCCAAGGUAUGACUGUAGUGAGAGAUGAUUGGAGAUGCAGACCUCUGUGUUAGCUACCCAUGCCUUAUUCUGUGUCUAGAGAUGGGCCUUCAGGGACAUGAAUCAGCGACAUGUACAGUUAGGCACUACAGAAAUUCAUAGCAAGUUAUUAACUUAGGAACUUUUUUUUUAAAAAAAGCUAACAAAUGCACUUCCUUUCCCCUGCAUGCUAUUCAAACCAUUUUUUCCUCCGUUGCUUUGAGAGGAGGGGAGGUGCAAAUAAUUUUUUUUAACUGGCCCGACUACUAAAACAUGCUUUCCACCCCCUCCCAGCUGCUGAAGAUCCUCCGCGGCCUACCUUUGAUUCCUUGCUCUCCAGGGAUAUGGCUGGAUACAUGCCAGCAAGAGCAGACUUCAUUGAGGUAGGAACUCAAUUUGGCGUGGCUCUUUGCCUUUCCUCCUGGAAACAAAUAGGAUGAAUGUCGUUAUGGCUGGGAUGGCUCAGUUGGUAAAGCAUGAGAGCGUGCUGGGUUCGAGCCCCACGUUGAGCAAAAGUUUCCUGCAUUCAGGAGGUAGGAUUAGAUGACCCUUGCAGUCCCUUUCCAACUCUACAAUUUGGUUUGUUAUUUUCCUGAUUCAUCUUCCCCCCGCCCCUUUGUUUUCGUAAACAACGCCGAGAGCCAAUUCAUGAAAUUGGGGCAGGGGGGUGGAUGAAUGAAUGAAUGAAUGAAUGAAUGAAAUGAAAGCCUUUUCGUCUCUGCAUGUGAUACUUCUCAGUACCACUUGCAGUGUAUUUCUCAUGUCAUAUUUUGGGGCUUAUAGUGGGAUUUUCGGCUUGUGGUGGUGAUUCAGACCAGGGUUGGGGAACCAAGGGCCACAUUCUUUUCUGACAAACCUCCUGAGGGCCACAUAGUGGGCGAGGCCUGAGGCAAAGGUGGGCAGAGCAAGGAAUACAUUUUUUUUUUACUUCUGUGCAGUAGGCUAUUUUCUACUCACCCUCGCCCUCCCUUCUCUACGACAAGCAGGAGGCAUGUUCAGAGUUCAAGGCGCAUCCCAGUCAGGGAAAUACACUUGGGGUGCAAAAUAGGAGCAGUGAGAGGUGUGAAUCGGGGGAUAAGGGGUGUAGCUUGUGGUGAGUUCCAAGGGCCAGAUAGGCAUGGAGGGCCACACUUGGCCCCUGGGUCUGCUGUUCCCCACCCCUGGUUCAGAGGCUUGGCUUGGUUAUCUGGCACUGGGCACUUAAUAAACAAGCAUAGGAUGCAAUACCGCUUGGAACCCGCUGGGGGAGUAGCAAGAUUGCCUAAAUGCACAGUCGAUGCAGCAGAGAUGCUCACAACUGGGGAAGAGUCGCUGCAAAUCACCUGCUGCUAUUGUUGUUAUUAGCUUCUAACAAUAAGCUUCUGAUGAAUUGGCAUCAAGUUCCUGCUAAAUUCAUAUCAGGAUCUGGAAGUGGGCGUAUCAACAAGCAACACUUUUUGCUUUGUCUUAUUUUAUUCCCUACCCUCCUACACCAAACCAGAGCACCCAGCUGUGCAGGAGUCUGGGUCCAAGUCUUCAAGGCAGCAAAAUGACCCAAAUCGCCAAGGACAACCCCAGGAAUUGUGAGAAGAAUUGCUGGUGUUGUGGUCCAUUUGCUGCCUUGAAGACUUUGGUCAUGGAGGAGUUGUUGCAAAGCUCUUUUGUCAUUUUUACUAUCUCUGCCUUUGCAUUAAAUCGAUGGUUCUUGAGACCUUAAAAAAAAAAUCCACAAAUUUCUUUUUUUAAAAACCCCUUUUGUUUAUUUUCAGAGUAUUAAAUGCAAACCACAGCAAAAUAUCAACUUAAAGAUAUCUAAAACAAGGCAGGGCAAAUAAAGGAGUAACUGUACAAUCUUAAAUCCUGACAUCCAUAUUUCUCUGGAUGGUGCAGGAAGAGAUUGCUGCCUGUUGAAAUCCGAAACACGAAAUAAAUUCCCACUAAACUGCAUAGAAGUGUUCAGGGCCCUCCUUUCCCUCAGAAACCUGUAAUUUAAGUGUUAUUUUUUCUUGCGGCGAUCCAAUUCCAUAUGUUUUUAUACCACAGGGAAAUGUUCAAGUUCUGUUAUGCUUUCUGUUGUUGGACAGUGGAAAUCCUGGCUUUUGCCAGCAUCUGUGUCAAUAGUUGUUUUUUCCUUCCACAGGAAUUUGACAACUAUGCUGAAUGGGAUUUAAGGGAUAUAGACUUUGUGGAGGAUGACUCGGAACUUUUACACGGUGUGUUUUGCGUUGUGAAGCUAUAAGAGGAAAUGUGGGGUAUCUCCACUCAGAGAUUGGAAGCAACAAGGGAUGGUUUAGUGGUCCUCCAGUUGCUUUAGUGCUGCAGCGAUAAAACUGCUAGCACAUUUGCAAAGCUAAGCAGGGUCCAGUGUGGUUUCAAAUUGGAUGGGGGACCAUUUGUGGAGAUUUCUGCAUUGCAGGGAAUUAGGCUCGCUGACUCUCGGGGUCCCUUCCAACUCUACAAUUCUAUGAUUCUACAUGGUAUUUUUUUUUUACUGUGUUGAUUUGCCUAAUAUCCCCCCCACACAUGUAUGCACACAUAUACACACACACAGAGCAGCUUUGCAGGGGACAUCGCUCCCUUGACCUCCUGGCAGCUGAGUGCCUGUCGUUUACCAGGAAAGAGUGGGUGAGGCAGCAGUGAGGCCAGCAUGGUGCAAAUGCAGCAGCAGGAGCUCUGGGUUGGCUCUGCUGAAGUGUUUGCACUCCCCCCACCUUCCUGCCACCUCAUCCCUCUCCCUCCUGAUAAGCAGUAGUGGCUCAGCUGUCAGGAGGUCAGGGGAGCACCACCACUGCCCCAGCACCACACUGUUUGCUACUGCAAUAUUUCAGCCUCGGUUACGAUUCUUGAUUUUUGGGGGGAGCCAUGUUUGGAUCCCUGAAACAUUGGUGUUUUAUGUGCUAUCUGGCUUUUAGCAAGAUGCAGGAAUGUUAACACACGCACAUCCUGCCGCGUGGGAGCCACCUCAGUGGGGCAAGGUCCCACAACGCAGGGGCACAUUAUACAGUUCAACGUUUUUGUGCCACCUCUCAGAGCAAGCCCUCCUAAGACAGCUCCCAACUAUAUAUUCGUCACACGUUUUACCCUAAAACAAUAAGGAUCACCACACACACACACACAAACAGUUCAUAGGAAGAGCUUGCUGGGUCAUGUGUAAGACCCCUCUUCUCACAGCGGCUCGCAAGAUGCCCCUAUAAAAAGCCCACAGGCAAGACCCUGAGUGCAGCAUCUAAAUGCAACUGCUUGUGAUUCCUAGCAAGUGGCAUUCAGAGGCAUUCUCCCUCCAAUAAUGGAAUGCAAAUAUGUCAUGUAUCAAAUCAAAGCAGCUAAAAAUAAGACUCAAAACAGCGGCAGUUCAUAUACAGACUUUCAAACCGCUUCCACUGCAGUGCCUUGAGAAGGUUUCUGUCUUGUAACAUCUCAAAAGCCAGAUUUGGCUAGUCUCUUCCCUGCUGAGGCCUGUGUCGUUUUUCAUGCUGUGAUGAAAACAGGUUGUUGUUUUGGGGAUUUGGGAGAUAAGCUCUGUGCUAAUUCUCUAUAUAUUUCUCUGUAAGUGUGAAGGAUUUAUUCUUUUCAUCUCUUUUGCUCCCCUCUCUCCUGGAACUUACACAGCUUUGAAGAUUGCAGUUGUAGAUAUCUAUCACUCGAGGUUAAAGGAAAGGCAACGAAGGAAAAAGUGAGUUCCUGGCUUUUUCAUUCUUUCAAAUCUAAGUGUGCUUGCUGAGUUCUGUGACAACGAUUUUGCAGAAUAGCUAUUCAGGGCUGGGUGUUGAAUAUGAACACCAGAAAACCAUGGGGAGAGAAUAUGAAGAAGGUGGGGUUGUGUGGCAGAUAUUUACACCUUUUCCCCUUGAAGUUGUUAUCUGAAGGUAGGACUGUCGCGGGCAAGGACUUCCAAAGUUUUUGCUUUGCUUUUUGCCUCCACAUCCCUCCCCCAAUAACCAAGGUUUAGGUUUAUUCAAUUCAUUGCUUCCCACUAAGAAAGUCCCAAAGCAAACUAACAAUCACAGUAAAAAAAAAUACAAUAAUAAAAACCACAUUAGCAAUGGAGCGCGGCUGUGAGGAUGAAGUCAAACUGCUGCAUUAGCAAUGCCGAAGUGACCUCUUUGGGACGCAAGCCUGGGGAGUGUGUCUGGAGGUUCUGGGCUGCCCAGAAGAUGACCCCGCUCUCAGCCUCACUGAUGUGGUCCAAAGGAAAGCAGAGCACUACGUUUGGCACCAGCUUGGCUGCAGGUGUUGCUGGAAGGAGUCAUACCUCCAUCUGAGAACCUCAAACAUAGACAUAUCCAGCAAGUGGCAAGCCAUCCACUCUCCAGCUAUACACGUGAUGUCUAUCCUGGUAUAAAGACACCGGUACUCUUAACUCCAUCCUCUAAUUACCGCAACCCGCAGAUAAUUGACACCACAGACUUUGCUACAGUGGACUUCCAGCUUGAGGCCGAUGAGUUGGCUAAUUAAAACAUUCUGUGUCAGCAGCUUAGCCAAUUACCUGACUCUCUGUAGAAUUAUUUAGUGACACUCCCAACAUCUAAUAUUUUUUCAAACGUGUAGUUCAAGUCGAGGUGCGUUAUUAAAAAGUAGUUAACUUGAUGGAAGUCUAGUGCAUUUUUCUCCCCCUACCCUCCCAGUUAAAAUGCCCUUUUCAGCAGAUAAUUUAAAGUCAGUAUGUGGCUGGAGGAGACUCGCUUGUCAGACCUCAGCCUAAAAAUAUUAAAAUGACUUUUAAUUUGAGUUGCAUGCAAGAAUCCCAGUGUAAUGCAAGGGCCAUUUACUGCUCUUGUUCAAGUCUGGGCAAAUGCUAGGUUUUCCCAUGAUGCUUUAGGGCAGGAUAUUCCCAAGUUCUAGCGCUAUGAAAGAGUGGAGAAAGAACAUUUGGCUAUCCACUUCCUGUACUCUAUGCAUAAUUUUAUCAUGUUGCCUCUUAUUCGCCUUUUCUCUAAGCAAAAAGGCCCCAAAUGAACUUGUACCCUUUCCUCAUAGGGGAGCUGCUCCAGUUGCCUUCUGAGGCAACCCGAACUGUGGACAGUUUCAAGUGUGUUCGCACCAUAGAUUUUUAUCCUGCCAUUAGGCUAUUGGCGGGAUUGUUAGUAUAAUCUGCCCUUCACCAGCAGAUCCCAGCGCAGGUGAAACAAUUUAAAACUACAGUCAAAUCAGUUACAGCAGGGGUCAGCAAACUUUUUCAGCCGUGGGCCGGUCCACUGUCCCUCAGCCCUUGUGGGGGGCCGGACUAUAUUUUGAGGGGGGAAAUGAACGAAUUCCUAUGCCCCACAAAUAACCCAGAGAUGCAUUUUAAAUAAAAGGACACAUUCUACUCAUGUAAAAACAUACUGAUUCCCGGACCGUCCACGGGCCGGAUUUAGAAGGCGAUUGGGCCGGAUCCGGCCCCUGGGCCUUAGUUUGCUGACCCCUGAGUUACAGGAAUAGGGUGGGUCCCAGAAGCACACAUCUCAGGUGCCAAAAGCCAGGGGUGAAAAGAAGCAUCUUCAGCAUUUGCCAAAAGCUAUAUAAUAGAGGUGUGAGAUGUACCUCUGUGGGGAGGGAAUCCCAUGACAGAGAAUGCCACCAACCAUGAACUUCUGUGGGCGGCAGAACUAGCAAGAGGACCCCCUCUGCUGAUCUUAACACCCGAGGAGGUCUGUAGGGAAGGAGCAGGUCUCGGAUAUUUGGGUCCUAAGUCAUUUCUGAUCCUUGGUUUGGUAUUCGCCCUUUUCGCAGCUGCCACGCACUGGGCUACCCAGCGGAGAAGGCGAGAGUAAAUCCCAGCUUGGCAGGCUGAACGUGCUACCAGGGAUGUAGGUAGUUGGGUGGAGGAAGCAGGAAGAAACAUAGGGAGCUGCCUUGUAUUGAGUCAGGCCCAUUGAUCCAUCUAUCUCUGUACUGUCUGCAUUGACAGGCAGUGGCUCUUCAGUGUUCUGAAGCAGGAGGAGAUGCUAGGGAGUAAACCUGAGACUUCUGGCAUGCAUGGCAGGAUGGUCUACCACUUGGCCAAUAGGAGUGAUGCAACUUGGGCCUGGGUGAGGAAGAGGCGGAAUAAGGGGGUGUAGAACGCAAGCACAUCCAGUAAAGUUUCUAGGUUUAGAGAGGUGGGUGUGCUAGAUCCACAAGCACGGCAUGAUCCCAUCAGGUUUGAGAGACCCUGGGGUAGAAGGAAGGCAAGGAACAGGGUGUCCCACGCAGGACACGGCUGCCCAAAUAGGUUUUUUUCCCCUUUAAUCUAUUUAUACAAUUUAUGUACCACUCUACUACUAUAGACUCUUAGCAGCCUACAAAUAUCACAAUACCAAAAUAAAAAUAAAAUUCAGUUAAAACGUUAAAAUCAGACUUGGAUUAAAACAUUCCAGCAGCUUUUCCAGUCAGGAAUAAAGAUGUAAGAAAACAUCAUGUGCACUUACAGGUGUCUCAACACUGGUAAUUCUCUAUGGUUUUAACACAGAGUAAGGAAAUGCCAGGCCCUCAGGCCUGGAAUCUGUUUCCAAGGCUAAGUCAUGCAGUAGAAUAUGAAGUAGGGUAGGAAUUAAUUAGCAUCUCCUGCUAAAGGAGUAACGUUGAUGUCCCCAAAUUGGUGCUUUUAAAAACGCUUGCACCUUUUCCGUGCUAUCACGUUGCCUCUAUUUAUAGAAAGCUGCAAGCUACAUAAAAGGUUUAUAAAUACCUUCCCGCUGCCCUCUUGGUGUUGCAAAUCAAAACUGCUUCCAAAGGCUGUCUUUCUGCUUACUUAUCAGUUGGGUGUCUCUUUAACACGCACCUUUUUCUAUAGCUAUUUAUCAUUGCAAUUGCUCUUCGUAUCUCCAUAAAAGUCUGCACAAAAGCAAAGACUAACAAGUUUUGGCCAGUUUUGGGAAUUAUAAAUAAAACAGGUUUGGACCCCAGCCUCUCCUUAGCCAGGCCUUCUCCUAGCAAGAGAGAGAAAUACCAUGGGGGCAGUCACUCUGUGCAAACACGGGGCAGAGCUAUCAUCACUGCGCCUUUACAGUUGUGCGAACACGUGUGGAAGAAGUUUUAUUUGCUACAGUCAACCAAGGGAGAGGCUGUCUACAAGCCUGUAGACAUAUGCUGCUUUCAUGGACUUGGGAAGGUCUUAGACACCGAAGCCUUAUCUACGCAGUAGCAUGUGAUAGUGGAAUGUGUGAUAUCGCUUUGAAUUGCAAGCAUGUAAGGAGGUGUCACAUUUUUGAAUGCUCUCCCAUGUGGAAAAAUUCCCUGCAAGCAGAAAUCUAGCACAGCAGGAGAGGUACUAUUUUUUUUACCUGGAUGCAGUUUAAAGACAAAACAGAACAUGGGUAAGAACUUUAAAAACUGUGUUUUUCAUCCUUGGAGACUGAACUGUCGUGGUCAUGGAAACGUAGGGAGCUGCCUCACCAUUUGACCAUCUAGCUCAGUACUGCCCACACUGACUGGCAGCAGUUCCUCAAGUUUGAGGCAGGGAGUAUUUCCCAGACCCACCUGGAGAUGCUGGGGGUUGAACCUGGGACCUUCUGCAUGCAAGGCAGACCCUCUACCGCUAAGCUACAGCCCUUUCCAUGCUGCCACCUCAGGAUUCUAGCACCUCACUCUGACGCUUGUGUAGAGAAGGCCUCUCACCACGCCCUGAAGACAGCUGAAGUGUCUUAAGUACAGUCAUACCUUGGUUGUUGAAUGCCUUGCAACUUGAACAUUUUGGCUCCUGAACGCCACAAACCCAGAAGUGAGUGUUCCGGUUUGCGAACGUUCUUUGGAACCCGAAUGUCUGACACGGGUUCCGUGGCUUCUGAUUGGCUGCAGGAGCUUCCUGCAGCCAAUCGGAAGCCGUGCCUUGGUUUCUGAACGUUUUGGAAGUCGAACGGACUUCCGGAACAGAUUCUGUUCGACUUCCAAGGUACGACUGUAGUCCUAAGAGAAGCUUUGCCUAGCCUUUCUUGGAAAAUAUUAUUAACAAGGAGAUUCUAGGAAUUCCCAGGAUAACUUUUCUGCUGCAAGAUUGCUUGUUUAUAGUUGGGCAGUGGCCCUAAUACAGGCUGUACCUUUUUCAAUUACAGAAUUAUAAGAGACCACGGACUCAUCAACCUCAGAAAGUUCCAGAGUGAGUAUCUCAGCUGUCAGCCUUAAUGGCUGCGCUGCCUGGCUAAAAUUAGUCUGAAAGGAUGCUGCCUGAUUCACCCUUUAAAUACCUCGGUGUUGCUAUUUUCUGUUUGUGAAAUUACCUCUGGGGGGAAAUAUUGGUUCCAGCGAAUGUUCUGACUCUGCAGCAUUGGGGCUCCCCCGGAUCAGACCAAAAGCUUGUCUAGUCCAGCAUCCUCUUUCCCACAGUGUCUAACCAGCUGCUUAUUUUAUUUGAUUCAUUUAUAUAUAUGUGUGGGUUUUUUUGCCUGCCCUUCACCAUAAGCUCCCAGGACAGGUUAUAACAAUAUCUGUACAAUUAUAAAAACAGAUAAGAACAAUAUAAAUUUCGGCGGAAGAGGUGGGUCCUGCAAAACAAAAAUACUUCGUUGAAGGCCAGGGUAAAGAGGUGCAGCUUCAUUGCACAACAGAAGCUGUAAAGUGAGAGUGCUGGAUGUGACUCUAUGGGGAGGGAAUCCUCCACAAUCCCACAAUUUAGGGGUUGCCUCGGAGAAAGUCCCCAGCGGGUGUCAUUGCCCGGACUUCUGAGGGUAGCGGAUAAACCAAGAGAGCUCACCCCACCCCUCUGCAGAGCUCAACACCUGAGAAGGUGUGUGGAGAUAGAGGUGGUCUUUCAGAUACUUGGGGCCUGCGUUGUUUAGGGCUUUAAGCAUUUAUGGUGGGCAAGCAAGCAGAGCAUGUGAAAAACAGCUCUCUCCUGCUAUAGUCGCCCAGUGACUGGUAUCAGAAGGCUAGUGCCUCUGAUUCUGCCGGUAGUAUAUGGCUAUAGCAAUGGUGGGAUCUUAUCAGCCUCUUGGAUGGGAGGCCACUAGAAGCCCAUGCAACAGCAGCAUAUUAAUCCAUUUUUUUUUCCAAAAAGGCUACUUAAAAUGCACGUAUAUUUUUGUUACUAUUGUAACUGCUGUUAUUAAGCUGGAGACAAGACACCCAAUAGCCACAUACUAUGGUCACCCACACCUUUGGCCUGCUGGGAUUGUCAUCUCGGUACUAAUCGGCCCAGAAUGGAUGGAUUCUGCUAAGCAGAAAAAUGUCAGUCCAUUCCUGAUAACUCGCAGUCCCAACAUCUGCAUGCUUACAAGGUGUAAUACCUGUGCCCCACAUAACCAGAUGUUGUGUUGGUGUUGCUUGAACUGAGCAGCUGCAAAUUUAGGUUUGAGAGGAGGGGUUCUGCAGGUAGAUACAUGAACACACAAGCAGGCUAACACCAUGGAACGCAUUUCAGUGAUUGAAAAUAGCACUGGAAGCUGAUCCGUUAGGGAAAAUGGCACACUGCCCCACCAAACUCAGUCCCCGCUCCCUCAGCCAGCCCCCACCUGCCUGCCUGCCUGCUUACAGCCAGUUCAGGGGGUGCCACCACUGCCCGCCUGCGUUCUCCCCCUCCUUAGUCUCACAGUUGCUCUUGUAGAAACCAGCAAGGAGGAGGAGGGCAAAACUGGAAUACGUUGGUCCCCCUUGUCAUUGGCUCUGGCUUUGCCUACCAUUGGCUUCCCUGCCUUCUGCCCCACCAGUCCCAAUGGGCACCAGCCACCACUGGAAAAUGAACCAGAGCCCUGGAGAGAACCCAUUUAAGGAGUAUGGUUAAGAAUAAAUAGCCACGAAUAGGGAAUUUUCAGCUAAACACACGAUCAUUUCUAUCUGACCUGUGCAUUGUUCACGGACUCCACCCAAGAAGAGGCAGCAUCGCAUUCGUGGUGUUUCCUUUGAAUCUGCAUUUUUCUCCUUUGCUAAGAAAGCAGCUUUCUGUGUCCUCCCUUUGUCUUGCAGUUCUGGAAAGAAGGUAUCCAAAAGAGGUUCAAGAUCUUUACGAGACCAUGAGGCGCUUUGCAAGAAUCCUGGGACCGACGGAGCACGACAAAUUCAUAGAAAGUCACGCAUGUAGGCAUCACCUGGUCUUCUGUCUUUCAUGCUUAUGUUUCUCUUUCACAUUGCACCAUGCUAAGGAUCACACAUGAAUUUUCUCUCUAUAUAUAGUAGCAGUAAAAGUCCCCCUCCCCAAAUAUCAUUGGCAUAUACAGUUUCCGCCGCAAUUGUGGUACAGUAAAAAAAAGGCAGGAAAUUGUGAAACCUUUUUAUUGAAUCAGCCCCUGUGCCUUUGGCCCUCCAGAUGUUGCCAAAUUGCCACCAUCCCUGGCCAUUGACCAUGACUGCUAGGGCUGAUGGGAGUUAUAUUUCGGUAACUUCUGGAUAGCUGAUAGCCCUUAAAACAGGCACCCCCAAACUCGGGCCUCCAGCUGUUUUGGGACUACAACUCCCAUCAUCCCUAGCUAACAGGGCCAGUGGUCAGGGAUGAUGGGAAUUGUAGUCCCAAAACAGCUGGAAGGCUGAGUUUGGGGGUGCCUGCCUUAAAAGAAGCACAGUUGGGUGUGGACACACAUGUAGGCGCGCACACAAAAUAUUUGGUGCAUGGGACUUGGUUUCUUUUCGUUGCUUGAGUGAUGGAUUCUGCUUACCAAGGUUUUAGCAUGGUGGUGGGCAACCAGAUGUUGCUGAACUCCAGCUCUCAUCAGUCCAAGCCAGCCUGGCCAAUGGUUAGGGAUGAUGGGAGAUGAAGCCCAGCAACAUCUGGAGGCUGACAGAUGUGCAUUUGGUUCUGCCCAGUCCUUAGCAUUUCAAAUAUAAAGUACACUCACCAGUCUGGCUAUUCCAGCUGCUUCAGUUAGAAGGUCAAUAGUGGUAUUAUAAAUAGCUUUAUUACAGGCUGUUUUGUGGCCGCAAAGUCUGUUGAGGGCUUGUUAAGGUUUUAUUUCCAAAAGCACAUCUCGUAAGGAAGACCGCGGUGUGGAGAGGAGUGGUCAAACCUCUGGCCUUCCCAGCUCCCAUCAUCCCUGUCCCUAUUGGCUAUGCUGGACACAGAUGCUCCCGACCCCUUCUUUUAGGACAGGAGAUCAGCAAAGAAAAUGGGUUGAGAGAAAUGACCACACACAACCUGUUCUGUCAUUGUUGAACAGAUACUUGAGGGAAGGGAUCAAAACCUCCUGCUUUGCCCAGUGACUGAUUUGAUGCAGUUCGCAAGUUUGUUCCGACUGUGACAGCUAUAUUUGUUUUUUCAUUUGCCCAAGCUAACAUGCAGCAAAUACCUGUGUUGGGUUUUUUUUUGCAUGUCUUGAAGCAAAACUCUCAUGUAUAUAACACAGUUGUGAUUCAUGUCCCUGGAACAAAGCAACAGGUUUCUAGGCAGUAGUUGCUGACACAUGUACGUACACACAACGUCUUGUGCAAGGUGUUGUGAAAUUAACCCAGUUGUCCAGAGUAGAAAAGCUGGCCCUCAUUCAAGUACAGUUACUAAUUGGUCUCGGCUUUGAAUAAGAAACAGCAUAAGCACAAAGGAACCACCCACAAUUUAAGCCAAGUCUCUGCACUUUUACCCCGAAGGAAACAAUGCAAAGUGAUAUAUGAAAUCGUUCUACCCCCACGGAAACCAAAUAUUCAGUUUUGCAGAUAACCACCCCAAGCAUGUGAAUGUCACUUUUUUGUGGGGGUGAGGCGGGAUGAGACAGAAACAGCUGUAGAAAUGAGGAACUCGGAGGCUCCUGAACUUCAGGAGUUUUGCAGCCCUCCAAUGAGUUGUUUAGGGACGCGGGUGGCGCUGUGGGUUAAACCACAGAGCCUAGGACUUGCCGAUCAGAAGGUCGGCGGUUCAAAUCCCCGUGACGGGGUGAGCUCCCGUUGCUCGGUCCCUGCUCCUUCCAACCUAGCAGUUCGAAAGCACGUCAAAGUGCAAGUAGAUAAAUAGGUACUGCUCCAGCAGGAAGGUAAACGGCGUUUCCGUGCGCUGCUCUGGUUUGCCAGAAGCGGCUUAGUCAUGCUGGCCACAUGACCCGGAAGCUGUAUGCCGGCUCCCUCGGCCAAUAAAGCAAGAUGAGCGCUGCAACCCCAGAGUCAGUCACGACUGGACCUAAUGGUCAGGGGUCCUUUACCUUUACUAAUGAGUUGUUUUAUUAUUAGAAAAUCUGUCCCAGAAAGCACUUGCUGGCAGAAUUUCAGCAAGGUUUUGACAAAGCUGCCGCUAAGUGUCAAGUCGUGGGGAUCCCAUGACUUGGCAUCCUGUCGGCGGCUUUGCCUUUCAAAGGUGCCUCACUCUUCCAUCAUCUAACCACUCAUCUAGUUUGCAUAAUUAACAAUCUUUAAUUGGCCUCUCUGCAUUCCAGCAGAGGCAGUUGUAAACGAUUAUUCCCCUCUACAUUUCCUCUUAUUUCUGUUUGAUGAAACUCCCACAUCAACAACUUCAAAGCUGUUUCUGUGCUCCACGCCAGGGACUUUUCACAGAAAGGGCGCGGCAGUUUCUGCAUAGCUGUGGUUUUAUUGAGAUCUAAAACUUUUCUAAUUAGUUACUCGGGAAAGGUUUUUUUAAAAAAAUUAGCUCAUAAUGUCCCUUAACAUGAUUAAGUGCAGGUGCUGCUCGUGUAUCUGAAAAUGGAGCAAUCGAUAGGCCGGUUUGCCCUCCUCUUCUCCCCUUCCCUGACGCAUCACCAUUAAUUGCUUGGAAGCAAAUAAACAUUAAGAGUAAUAAUAAUAAUUUUAGCAUUUAUAUAUAGCACUUACAUAGCAUUUCAAAGAACUCCGUGUGCUUCAUAGACACAUGUAAUAAUUAUAUAUGUCUUUCAAUUAAAAAACGAAACAAACCUUCAAGCAGUUUACAAAUAAAGCCAUUUUAAUUUUUUUUAUUACAUUUAUAUCUCACCUUUCCUCCAUGGUGACAUGCUUGACUUUCUCCCUCUCCAGAUUAUCCUUACAAUAUUGUGAGGUAGGUUAGUCUUAGGACCUCAGUCUAGUUUCUGGCCAGAAAGAAACUAGGGAAUUUGCAACUUGCCCUCUUAGCUUUUGCACACCGUUUUUCACUCAUAAGGGUAUACCAUAUUCUAUAAUGUGUAGCGCAGGGGUGGGGAACCUCAGGCCUGGGGGCCAAAUGUGGCCCUCCAUGCUUCUCUGUCUGGCCCUCAAAACUCUCCCCAAACCAAACCCCUCACUGUCCCCGGUUCACUCCCCACAGAUGUGCCCUUGAGCUCUGACAACACUUCUAUCCAACGGAGGAUAGAAAAGGAUGUGUGUGUAGAAAUUAGCCUAGUGUAUGAAGGCAGAUUUUACAUUCAUUGCUGCACCCAUUUUGUUUCUGUCCCCACUCGCCACUGGCACAUGGUCCCCAGAAGGGAAUGCAGCCCUCGGGCUGAAAAACUGUUUCCCACCCCUGAAAUUCCUUUUUUCAAGCGGUUUUACAAGAAGCUGCUCUUCCAAACACUGGUGCCUAAUCCCCGUUCGAGACGGCUAUCUCGGACUUGGGUCACAUUUCUGGCAUCACUGAUCUACCCGGUUUCCCCCUUUGUCACUUUCAUUAACAUGUCUGCAGCCACUUGGCUCCCACGCCAGCUUUUCAAGAGACUUGUUGCAUUAAAGUACUUCAGCAGUUGUCCUAGCCUGUCUGCCUGUCCCCGUCCCCAGGGAUGCUCUCAGCCAAUGGAAGCAUUGUAGAUCUGAGUUCCUUUGUUAACGGAUGUUUAUCCUGUAUACAUUGGGGGGGGGCACGUGUUCCCCACAUUUACAACAAAAAAUGAAUAUAAAUAAAUGCCUUUUCAAAAGACAGCUAGAAACUUGGUAGGGCUGAAAUUCUGAGGGAUCCAGACUCGACUCCAGCUACCGCAUUACGUACAAAGAGCCAGGGUUGUAUAGUAGUGGAUAGGGUUUUCCCUUUUUUAAAAAAAAAUGUCUCUUGUUAUUCUACCUAGUGGAGUUUGAGCUGCGAAGGGAAAUCAAACGACUUCAGGAGUACAGGACAGCUGGGAUCACCAAUUUCUGCAGUAAGUACAUGCUGAAUAAGUUAGCCAUGGCUGGGCUGCUGUGGCACCUAAUUCAAAGCAGGACGUUAUCGUAAGUAAUUUCCAUCCGAAAUACGUUCAUUUGCGUGUCAGUCCGUUGUACUUUUAGGGGUGGGGCAAGAAGCAAUUUGAACUGCUUUGAAUCCCUUGAUUAUUUAGGGAACGCCCCACAAGGCAAAUAGCUGGAUUCUGCAGCAGUGACCAGUUCUGAAUGCAUUGGGGAAUUACCUGUUUGACUCAUGAAUGCAAGAGUGCCUUUCAUCAGAGGGAAGACUUUAUCUACCUGCCUAGUCAUCAGAGUCUAGCUUCCUGCUUUGGAGAAGCUGUGUCAGCAGACAAACUCACAUAACAUCAUCAUUUUAUUUGCUUGUUUAUGUAUUUAUACACCAUUUCAUGCCAAGAUGACUUCUGAGUGGUUGCUUUGGGCUUUUUGAUUUUGCUCAUAAGACAGGACAAGCCUAGCCUAGCUGUCUCUUGAAUAAGGAGCGCAUGGCGCUGUGGGUUAAACCACAGAGCCUAGGACUUGCUGAUCAGAAGGUCGGCGGUUUGAAUCCCCGCAACGGGAUGAUCUCCCAUUGCUCGGUCCCAGCUCCUGCCAACCUAGCAGUUCGAAAGCACGUCAAAGUGCAAGUAGAUUAAUAGGUACCACUCCGGCGGGAAGGUAAACGGUGUUUCCGUGAGCCACUCUGGUUUGCCAUAAGCAGCUUAGUCAUGCUGGCCACAUGACCCGGAAGCUGUACGCCGGCUCCCUUGGCCAAUAAAGCGAGAUGAACGCCACAACCCCCGAGUCGGCCACGACUGGACCUAACGGUCAGGGUCCCUUUACCUUUACUAAGCCUUCAGAUAUUCAAGACCCCCCUAAGCAAAGCUGGUUUUCGUGACAAAUUAUCCCUGAGCAACUAACCCGGAGCUCACUUCAAUCUCAAAUUGAAAACAGGUCAGUAAUUCACUGGCAGGAUGAGAGACCCUUGGCUCUUGCAGCUGGUUAUGUAAAUCACCCCCCCCCCCCCAAAAAGCGUCUUUUAUCUGGCCCUUGGGACACUCCCUAGCUCACAUCCCCUCCUGGCUGCUUUGCACCUAGAGUGUUUUUGCCCGGCUGGAAUGUUUCCUUGAACUCUGAUAAUGCUUUUUUUCCCUGGAUGGAGGAGAGGGGUAUGUAUAUGUGUGGAACGUAGCCCACUGUACAACUCCCAGCCUCCAAAUACAUUCAUUGCCCCACCCACGCUGCCUCUGGCCCCGCCCACCAUUGGCAUGUGGCCUCCAGAAGACUGAGCUGAAGGAGGUGCGGCCCUCGGGCUGAAAAAGUUCCCACGUGUAAAUUAUUGCCGCUAGAACUAGCAAAUGCUGGGAUUUCCCAGCACUACAGCAUUAAGACUCGCUGGUGAAUGUCAACAUCUGCCACGUUUGACAUCUAAUGUACAUACGGUUUGUAUCCAACAUCAGCCCUUCUCGGGGCAGAGCCAUUGGAAGUGCAUGGGUCUGGCUAACUUGGGUCAAAGUUGCUUUGCCUUCUUAGCCUUCUUAGCAGCUGGGUCAGCUGCCUGUGGCAGUUCGCUUGUCUGGCGAGCCGUAUCAACGCCUGUUUUCUUGGCGCAGGUGCAAGAACGUAUGACCGGCUCAAAAAGACCCGCGAGGAGGAGUGCCUGAAGCGCACAAUGCUCUCCGAAGUCCUUCAGUACAUCCAGGACAGCAGCGCCUGUCAGCAGUGGCUCAGCCGGCAAGCAGACAUGUAUGUCGACCAAAAAUGAGGAUUGGGGGGGGGGGUUGUUUUUAGUGAAACCAGAGCAAAAUUGGCAUGGAGCAGCUGUUUCAUAAACCCAGAAUAAGCAAAUGGGGGUUCUUGUGUGGGUGUGGCAUAAUACAAAGAAAAGUAAGUGGUUCAAUCUGCUUUUAAGGAUCUUCUGUAUCAAUUUUGCCAUGAAAUAUCUGCCCUGGACCAAGAUUCUCGUUAAUGAAAGAAAGGUGGAGCUAAGCGACUUUAAGAACAUAAUCUAGUAAAACAGGAAUUCAUGUUUCCUACCCAGGUGGGAGCGCCUGUUCUGGGAAAACCCAGGAUAAGCCUUGCCAACUAGAAACAUGUAUACUCUGUGCCAAAAUAAUAAUAAUAAAUAAUAAUUUUGCCCAUUCUCUGUCUUCUGAGAAUUCAGCAGGCAUUGCCCACGUGCUUUCCAGUUUAACUUGUUUCUUACUUUUCAUGAAAUCUCUGUGCUUUCCGUACCAUAUAUUCUGGGCCCUUUCCUGCACUUUUGCCUGUCACAGUCCUGCCUUCUAGUAACGCUGGCGCAGGCAACCAGAAAGACCAGAGGCACACGCCCCAAGCCAAAAGCCCCAGAGAUGGCAACUGGAGCCAUUGAAGGCUGGCUUCCUCAGCCAUCAGGGCCUCACUGCUACUCUUGAGCUUGCUGGUCCAGGCAGACCAUACACUCGCAGAGGGGGGUGCAGCGCUAGACUUUAGGCCAGAGCUCUGCCCAUUUAAGGGCUGUCCCACCAACCUCAGCGAGGGGGUGGAACCAGCACAAGAUAGGCCCAGGAGUAUAAAAUAGCUCAGCUGAGAUUGAGAUGGGGGGGGGGGGGGCUUUUUUGCACAUGGAAAAAGUGUGUGUGUGACGCUUUCUCGUGCCACACGAGGCUUAUUCGUAAUACGUUUUCUUUUAAAAUUUCAUUUUCAGAGAUUCUGGCCUGAGUCCCACAAUGCCGGUGACCUCAAAUUCAGGUGAGUGCUUUCCAGGCUCCGCCCACAUUUCCAGCCCUUGCACCAGUUUCAGUGCUGUUAGAAAUGGGGAAAACAAGCCAUACCCAUUAGCAGUUAAUGCCCUACUAAUCCCACACCACCCUGUUAUUAAAAGGAAGGACUGGGUUGCUGCAUGCUGGGCAGCUGCUGAUUCCUCCCACCCAAACUCCUUGCUGACCAGGAAACAGGCAUCGGAAACCCACCAGUCCAACCGCAGCAGAGCAGGGGCCUCUUGGAGGUGCUACCCCUGGGAGAGGAAACCUCUGAAGGUCUAUUGACUCAUGAAAAAAGCCGCAUGGUACAACAUUCCUCAGCAUCUCCAGGCAGAGCUGUCGUAGGAGGGAGCCUGCCCGAAACCCUGGAUUGCCACUGCCAAUCAAUUCAGGCAGUUCAGAAUAAGUUCAGUAUAAGGCUUCCACAUUUCCUACGCUCCCAAAUCUUUGGCAGCCAGCGUGGCGUGGUGGUUAGAGUGCGAGCUGGGAGACCAGGGUUCGAAUCCCCACUUAGCCGCUUGAAGCUGACUGGGUGACCACAAUCUCAGCCAAACCUUCUUCACUGGGUUGUGAGGAUAAUCUGGAGACGGCGAGAACCAUCCUGAGCUCCUUGGAGGAAAGGAGGGAUAUAGAUGCAAGAAUGAAUGGAAUAAACGAGCCAAAACAGAAUGCUGGGAGAACAAGCGUGCGCGCACACACACACACACACACACACACACACACACCCUUCUCUUCCAGGGUCAUGAGCUCAAUCCUGGCUUGACAAGGACUUAUUUCAGUCAUGGCAUCCCAUGGCAAAGAACACUUCACAUGUUGCAAUCAGGCAUGUGGCUGUCUGCGCAUAUAGGGGCUGUGAGCUGUGUCUCCAGCUCCUCAGUUUGCACCUUCCUGUGAAGAGGUCCCUCUGCUGUCUUUUCCCCAAAUCAGUGGUCCGUAUGCAAUAUUUGAUGGUGGAGCUGGAGCCAGGAACGUAUUAAAAGACAUUAGUAGUUAAUGCUGCUUUGGGGGCCCUCAAGAUGGAGGCGAAAGGGAGGCUGCUUGAAUGUGGGUACUAUUUAAAAAAAAACAACACACACGAGAUUUCUCUCUUGACAGCUCGUUUUCUAAUAGGGGCUCUUAGCCAUUACUCGGCUGCAGAUUUCCAGCAAUGACAUCUCACAAGCCUGAAUGAGCUUCAGUGUGAGUAACGCAGCCACAUUUCAGCUCUGCAGCCUGUAACUUUUUCCACGCUGCACGCCUCAGAGGAAAGGUGGCAGAGCCUAACAGACAUGUCUCAGUCACCCAUAACUGCCCCACUUUGCACAGUGUGAGGGUUAGGUGUGGUUCAGGUGCAUUCACAGCUCAAUGUGCCAGGUUCAAAUCCCCACUUAAGCAGCUGAGCAAAUUGCACCUCCCUGCUUUUGCCUGCAGUCCUAAGCACAUUUGCCAGGAAUUGCAUACCGUGAAAACCCAGCGGCACUUACUUCCUGGUAAAUACACUUAAGUACCAUUGAGCUCAGUGGGGCUUUUAACUGCUGAGUAAAUAAACAUGUUGAUAGAGAUUUUUUUAUCCUGCUCAGUCCCAGAGGCUGGAGUAGCUUGCAAUCAAAAGCUAUUACACACAGCAGGGGAGGGGAACAUCUGGGCCCUCCAGAUGUCGCCGGACUACAACUCCCAUCAUCCCUGACCGUUGGCCAUGCUGGCUGAUGGGAGUCGGAAUCAGCAACGUCCAGAGGGCCACAGGCUCCCCAUCCCUGAUAUUAAGCAAAAUCCAAGUAGAUUAAAUGUUGAAGCCCAUUCGGCAUCUAAUUCCCCAUCAGUUUUGAGAGUCCUCAUCCUGGUCACAGCAACCCAGACACAUUACUGAAGGUCCCCAGUCACAAACAUUCCAACCCUCCAACCUCUCCCACACCAGUGGCUUCCUGGAAGGCUUCUCUCACUCCCUUUAAUACCUGUUUUGCCUAAACCUGACUUAUACUUCCCAUCCCCAGGAAAGUACAGUGCCUAGGCUUGUUGCAGGAACCAAAAAUAAACAAGGCAAAGUGAAAAGCAUACUGAGCGUCUUACUACUGGUCCAUCCAGCCCAAUAUUGUCUGCUCUGACUGGCAGCAGCUCUCUCCCGUUCUCAGACAUCUGUGUCUCGCUACUCUGCUACCUGAAACCCUUCAUCACUGGAGAUGCCAGGGACAGCCUGAGCUGUGGACCAUCCCCCAUAAACUUUAAAAGAUAUUGUUAGCCCAGACAUGGAGGUCGACGCUGUGUCAAACUCAUAAAAGCACACACAACUCAAAAACAGAUUUGGGGGAAAACAGCAGCAUAUGAUGUAUUAUCUCAAAUCCUUUCCGCGCCACCUUCAUCUCUUUCGGGGCAGGGAUCCUACAGCCCUCUAGAUGAUGUCAGAUUUGAAAUUCCCACCAGCCCCAGCCCACAUGACUGGUGCUGUGGGGCAAAGGGAGUUUCACCCUGUUAUCUAUCAAUCAAUCUAGCAACAUCUGGAGGGCCACAGCAUUCGUUUUGUUCUUCCUGCAUUGUUACUAUAAUGUCAGUGAACCUUUGUCACGUGCAUCAGAGGCUAUUGUGGUGGGUUGUCCCCCCCCCCCCCAUUUUGGUGCUCUCAAAAUAGCACACUAGGACUGUAGAUACUGUAGUCAUCAAAGGAGUAAAAAACCAACAACCAGAGUUGAUGCUCUCUGCAGGCACCGCUUUGACUAUCCUGACUUCCCACCCCCCUCCCAACUGCCACAGCAUUUUCAGGAACAGCAAAAGUUGAUUUUCAGAGCCACCAGCUCCUUGUUAACCGCGGUUGGGUGUUUAUGCUGCUUUUAUUAUCUCCUCGCAGGUAGACGGAGCGCACCGCCGCUGAACCUCACUGGUCUCCCAGGCACAGAGAAACUUAACGAGAAAGAAAAAGAGGUAAAUGGGGAACAGAGGCUGCCUGGGGAAACCGCAACUUUAAAGGGCCAUUGGCCUCUCGGGCAACAGCAAACCAUAAGCCCAGUCAAAAACAGUUACAACAACAGGUAGCUGAUUGCGGGGCCUGCAUAGGAGCAUGGGAAGGUGCCUUAUACCAAGUCAGACCAUUGGUCCAUUUAGCUCGAUAUUGUCUACACUGACUGGCAGCAGCUCUCCAGGGUUUUAGGCAAGGGUACAGUUCUGCCUACCUGGGGAUGAACUUGGGACCUUCUGCAGGCAAAGCAGAUACUCUUCUCAUUGAGCCACAGUCCUCCCCACCACAACUUGCUCUGGCUGAAAGAUGUGAAAUUAUUGCAAUGAGAGUUUGAGGCACACGUUGCAAGGGAUCGUUUGCUCUAGUAUUUAAGAGCUAGCCUGGUGGCCACAGACAGUGAGGAGAUGCAUGCUGGUGAGUGCACAGAAUUGCGCACGGGAGGCAGCAGCCUUGCUUCUCCCCUCUGCUGCACUCAGCAAAGCAGGCUGGCAGGGGAGCAAAGCCCCUGCUCUGUGCACAGCAUAGGUUGUCAGUGAGCUGCUGCGAAAGGGACAGAGUGCCUGAACCCUCUGCCACCUGCUAGCAGGCUAGUAACUUCCAUGGGCUUGUUUACAAGGCUGCCCUAAUUACCGGCUCACUUGAUUCUUUGUGAUGUUGCCCAUCGUUACAAAACCACAAGUGUGCUACUAGAUUUUCCUGCGACUGUGGUCAGUUAUGUAUAGGAUUAUAUUGCUGGGCGACAUUCUUAAGAGAAUGUCAUUAGCCCCACACUUACUUUAUUUACAUAACGUAUAUACAGUGGUACCUCUGGUUGCGAACGGGAUCCGUUCGCAACAUAAAAAGAGUGCAACCUGAAGCGCCGUAUCUGCGCAGGUGCGUGGCGUGAUUUGGUGCUUGUGUGUAUGCAUGAAGCGCAAUUUAGUGCCUCUGCACAUGCGGUGGAACCCGGAAGUAACCCUUUCUGGUACUUAUGGGUUGCCGUGGGACGUAACCUGAAAGAACAUAACAUGAAGCAAACGUAACAUGAGGUAUGACUGUACAGUUUAAAACUGCAAUUUCUAAGCAGUGUGCAAUAGGAAUAUAGGAGGGAUACAAAAGGGAUGCAGCAUAAAAUCAGUUAACAUUAACCAUAAAAUAGAAGGGAUGGACACUUCGUCAUCACCAGGCACCAGAAGUUCAACAGGGACAGGGCCUGUCUGAUCUCAGCCAGGAAGGGCUCUAGCUCAGUGGCAGGGCGUCUGAUUUGCACUCAGAAGGUCCCAGGUUCUGUUCCUGAGCAUCUCCAGGCAGGUCAGGGAGAGAAACCCCCACUCCUGAAACCCUGCAGUCACUCAGCAUAGACAACACUGAGCUAAACAGACCAGUGGUCUGACUCUGUGUAAGGCACCUUUCUGUGUUCCAGCAUCUGCAAACAGGGUCUGAAUACCUCCACCUCAGCUCAGCUAGUCUUAUAUUGAAAAAAGACGUGUGUACCCAAGUGUGGAUCUAUGUGUCUAUGCUGCCGUGUGUGUGUGUGUGUGUGUGUGUGUGUGUGUGUGUGUAAAUAGAAACAGAGUUGAGUGUAAGUGAGCUCGUUCAGAAGAAAAGGGCCAGGAUUUAUUUUAAGGAGACGGCAACAAUACAGUGGUACCUCGGGUUAAGUACUUAAUUCAUUCCGGAGGUCCGUACUUAACCUGAAACUGUUCUUAACCUGAAGCACCACUUUAGCUAAUGGGGCCUCCUGCUGCCGCUGCGCCGCCGGAACACGAUUUCUGUUCUCAUCCUGAAGCAAAGUUCUUAACCUGAAGCACUAUUUCUGGGUUAGUGGAGUCUGUAACCUGAAGCGUAUGUAACCCGAGGUACCACUGUACUUCUCCAGCCCUCCUCUGGGGCCACUUGAUAACACCAAUUCCCUUUGGGGCUGCUUUCCUUUGCUCCUCCCAGGCAAAUCUUAGAUGUGCAGCCUUUUCCCAUAAGCUUUCCCAGCCCAACAAAACACACCACCAGUUAGCUACUAAAUUGGCAUUUUGGGUGCCUUCCCGUGUUACAGGUGAAGCCACCUUGUCUGCGGCACCAAGAAGGAGCUGUGUUUUCCCGAGACGUUCUGCUCUUGCCGUCUCGUUCCUGCCGGAGCUUUUGCCGGAGCAUUUCCUUAUUAAAAGGAAGGAGGAGCGGGGGAAAUAAGCAGCUGGUGUCUCCAACAGGGUCAUUAUAUAGCACUGGGAACUUCAGAGGCAAGCUGGAUUUUGGGGACCAGCUGCUGCUGCUGUUGCCGCCUUGCUAAAUUGGACUGCAGGCCUUUUGCAGAAGCCCCAUUUCAGUCUCCGGGAGAGGCUGGGGGUUUGCCUCGGUAAUAAACUUCCAGGAUUUAAGAACUCCCGCCUGCAGAGCCUUGCUCCGCAGAACUGUUCUGGCUCUGUUAUCGCUGGGCAGAGCCGACUGCCAAUUUUGUGAAAAGAUAUAAAAGGGAGCAGGCUUGGCCCGACUGCGGGGGAUUAAGAGGCAGCUGUCUUUAUUGGCAUGUCUCCCAUCAGGCUCCGUCAGUCAUUGCUAGCCCCCUCGCCCCAGGUUGGUUAUAUUUCCUAGUGCUACGAAGGAGCAAGCUCUUCUCUCUCCCUGCCAGUGCGCACAAACGCAGGCAGAGAUUUAGAAGGCUGGGUUUUGCCCACCUUCGGCGGAUGAUAAACACAUGGCCUUUCUGGAUUAUUGGAGGGCAUGUGUGGUUCCGAUCAUGUCUUUGGGAGCUUUCUAUUUGUAAUGACUCGCUGAAAGGCACCCACCUUGGGAAGGUGCAUCUAGAACGCUACAGUAGAGGAUUAGGGAGCCACAGCCCAGAGGCCAAAUGCAGCCCAACUCCCCCCAGGCCACACCCCUUCGCCAGCCACACCCUCCAAGCCCAGGCUCCACCCCUCGCGGGGCUCGCUUUGCAACCCCAUGAAGCAUUUGUGCCUGGCUGGAGCAGGGUGGUGGAUUCUAAUAACGCUCCCUGCUUAUCUGGACGGAGGGUGGGCAAGAGGUGCGUAGAAACAAGCCUACUGCACGAAAUACAACAUUCAUUUUCAUUGCUCUGUGCACUUUUGCCCUUGGCCCUGACCACUGGUGGCACGUGGCCCCCGGCAGGGUUACCCAGAAAGGAAUGUGGCCCUCGAGCAGAAAAGGGUUCCCCAACUCUUGUGUUCUAUCUCCCCACACUCCAUUUCCCCAUUCUGCAUCUGGAAUCAAUCUACAUGUUAUUUUUGGGUGGCUGCUUCCCUCCCUCCCCCAAUUUUGAAAUAUUUCCAUUACAGUGGUACCUCUGGUUACAGACGCUUCAGGUUACAGACUCCGCUAACCCAGAAAUAGUACCUCGGGUUAAGAACUUUGCUUCAGGAUGAGAACAGAAAUCGCGUGGUGGUGGCAGCAGGAGGCCCCAUUAGCUAAAGUGGUACCUCAGGUUAAGAACAGUUUCAGGUUAAGAACGGACCUCCGGAACAAAUUAAGUUCUUAACCCGAGGUACCACUGUACCUGGAAGGGUUACUGAGGUAGUGCAGCCUUGGGGAAGUUGAUGGGCCACAUGGAGAAAUGUUUGAUGGGGUGUGCGUGACCUCUGACCUUCUCUCCCAGCUCUGCCAGGUAGUUCGCUUGGUCCCCGGAGCCUACCUGGAGUACAAAGCGGCCUUAGUCAACGAGUGCCAGAAGCAAGGGGGCCUGAGGCUUGCCCAGGCACGGGCCCUCAUCAAGAUCGACGUGAACAAAACCAGAAAGAUCUACGACUUCCUUAUCCGGGAAGGAUACAUCUCCAAAGCCUGAAGGGGGAAGCGGGAGCCUUUGCUUUGACUCAAAGACCCUCCGUUUUGCUGAACGGCGGAUAGGAUGGCGAAGAGCUCUCUACGAAGGCUGACUUCUCAUCCUGUUCUAAACUGUACUAUGUAAUGUUUUGUUGGCGUUCUGCAGCGAUGAACUUUUGGGAAGAGCUGUGGGACGUGUAAUCUAUUAUUAAAGUAUGGAGUGGGCCUUCACACCUCUUGCAAUGAUUAAAAAAAGGAUGGAAGCGCA